AUUGGGCCCAAGGUUCGAAGAUCUCAACCUCAACGUCCAGUACUCUGCGAUUUCAUUUUUCACCGCUUUCACCUCUAUAUUGACGUAGCCGUUGUCCACCGUUCAUUGAUUGUUCCGUCGUCAUGGUCGCACCGCCGUCUCGCUCGCAACCUUGAUCCUUCUCCCAACACAUGCAAGCCACCAUCGCAGGAACCGAAAGUCAACGCCCUCCCUCAUGGGGUUUAUCUUCUCUCAACCCGUUGCAGCCGCGGCAUUGCCCAUGGCCUUGCCAACUCUCACCAUCCGAAACCUCACCGUCACCACUCUGGAGCUCAAGCUGGUUGAGCGUCUAGACUCUCACACGCACCCGAAUUCACAUAAGCCAGAACCCCUGGCCAAGACCAAGGCUCUCGCCCCGGGGUCUCGACGCUUCCAUGACGCCGAUGCCCCGCCAACGCUUUCAAGUACGCAAGAACACGAUUAUGAUAGGCCGUCAUCGGCGAGGCGAGAAGUCACUGGUGUUACGAUCCAGCCCUUCACAGAGUGCCGAACCCGGGUCUACGCGCCGAACCCAAACCAUCGCCAUGAACAACUCCGGCUCACAUUCGAAGACACUGGCACGGGACAUCUCUACAGUGCCGAAAUUCCCGCGUCCUCACGACGGAGCAUAGUCCUCAAGCCACACCCCAAGGACUCCGAGCAAGAAACCAAAGAAUUCACAGCCAUCUACCUCGCGCAACACGCCUACCUGGCCCUCUUCAGCUCAGCCAACCUCUCGACUUGGAUGUCCACGCUGGAUCGGUCCCUCCCGCUCUCCGCCCUCUCCAUUCCCGGCACGCACAACUCGCCGACCUGCCACGUCGCGCUCCCCUCAGUCCGCUGCCAAGCCGUCUCCGUCCAAGAGCAGCUCAACAACGGCGUGCGCUUCCUCGAUGUGCGCGUCUCCUGUCCUGUUUACAAGCCCAACCCCCCUCCAUCCUGCUCCCCCCCAAACAACACCCCCACCCCUCCACUACCGCCUCCCCCCGAACUAUCCCUAGUCCACUCCGCCUUCCCCAUUUCUCUCACCGGCCGCAACCACCACCUCUCCGACCUCCUAACAACCCUCUACACCUUCCUGUCCACCUACCCUUCAGAAACCAUCCUCCUCUCCCUCAAGCGCGAGGGCAUCGGCCGCGGGACAGACCACCACCUCUCCCAGAUCCUGCACAUGCACUACAUCAACGGCGGCGGCCGGCACAAAUCCAAAUGGUACACCUCCCCCCGAAUCCCAACCCUCGCCCAGGCCCGAGGCCGCAUCGUCCUCGUCAGACGGUACCACCUGCACCCUUCCAUUCCCGCCUCCCAAGGCGGCAUAGACGGCUCCGUCUGGCCCGACAACGUCGCCGACGGGACGUGCGGGAGUGGGACGAUCCGCAUCCAGGACUACUACGGCGUCGGCAGCGGGGCCGAGGUCCAGCGCAAGCUGCGGUUUGCGCAAGAAGGGCUCCAGCGGGCCGCCGCGCAGGCGCAGGGGCUCGUAGGUGCGGCCUCUCGGAUGCCGGGGGAGGAGCAGCUCCCAGACGGAGGAGUUCCUCAAAUGCCGCCGCUGUUUAUAAACUUCUUGAGUGCGAGCAACUUCUUCAACGCUAAUUGCUGGCCUGACCGGAUCGCCGUCAAGAUGAAUCCUUCCAUGAUCGAGUACUUGUGUAUGAGCCACGGGGCGCCUGGUAAAGGGCCUGGCAAGUUGGAUAUUGGAGAUUCUCCAACGGGGAUCGUCGUCACGGAUUGGGUUGGGCACCAGGGGGAUUGGGACCUCGUACGGUGCAUUGUGGGAUGGAACGCCAGGUUACAGCUGCGGCAGUAGGGUGCUCGGUUGUUCAUGCGCAAUGUUCCACAGGCGCUCGCAGGUUGGAAAGCAAGAUGUAUGAUCAUAUAUCAAUUCUUUGUAGAGACACAUGGCUGCCCAGAGCAGGCUGAUAGACUAAAACACGACAUACAGAUGUGUACCUAGCUGUGUACCUAGCGAUGAUUGACCUGCAACUUGGGGAUAGUUA